AUGACUUUGUCUAGAAUACUCCAAAAGGCAGGCUGGGAAAUCGGUCAUACGUUUGAAGUUCUUGCCCAGUUGGGGUUCAAAGUGUUCAAUGAAGCCAGCACACGUUAUUGCAUCAUCACUGAGCUUUAUAUUUCCCUAAAGAAGCUCGUUGAUUCCGGUGCGGGCUUAUCUUCGGAUGAACAUGGACAGCAAUACACCAACAACUGGUUCUGGAGGAGGAGUUGGGAAAUUAUUGCAAAACCAUUGAAUUGA